GGAAGAGGGAUGACGGGGAUGGAGCAAAGGGCAUGGAAACACAAGCCACUUGAACCGAAUGGCAUUCGGUCGGGCCCUCCGCGCCAACUGGCAGCCGAGCGAGAGAAUCCGCGUUGGGUAAGAUUGGAUACGCAGGCGUGACCCCAUCAGCGCCACGGGGACAGGCCUUCUCCGGACGGAACCCCAGUAUUGGAGUCAGGCAUGGCUUGUAAGGUAAUUUACCCGAAGCCGCCUCUUCUCAAAACAAUAAUUCAUUCUAUUUUAUUUUAUUUUCUACACUUUUUCCACGUCCCUGGGGAAACUGAAGGUGUUGUGUGUUGCUCUCUUCACCUCACCUCUUUCUCUCUCUGGUUCUCUUCCCCCUUUUCCCAUCUGACCACCCAUCAAAUUUCAUCAUCCACUAUCCCAGUAAGAAGUGUUAUUUACUACUACCCUUCCGUCUACUUACCUUUUUCUUCUUUUCUCCUACUUUCUCAACUCACAUUCUCCAAACCACUACUCUUCCACUACUCCAUCUCUCGGCAGUCGGAAUCUGGCUCCACCAUUCUCCGGCCGCUCGGUCGCGUCCUUGCAUCCUCAGGCCGCACUAACCCGCUCCGGACUAACUUGGGUCGGGCCUCCGCAAAUGCGGAUGGGCCUUGCCUGUUUGGGUCGAUCCGUUCUGCUGGCUGCUUUUUUCUUUUUCUUUUUUUUUUUUCCUUUUUCUUUUUUUUUACUUUUUUUUCCCCCCCCCCAAAGUCAGUCUGUUGUCUCGCCGUCGGCCGGAGUCAUCCUGUUCUAAACCUGAGGCGACGGGCGGCUCUCACCAUUCUCCUCUGCCUCUGCCUCUGGCUCUUCCCCUUCCCCCAUCUUCUUCCUUCUUCACGAGCUUCCUCUGCUUCCCUUUUCUACUUUUCCUCUCCUCUUCCCCUCUUCUUCCUUUUCUUCUUUUUCUUCUCGUCAUUACUUCCCCUCUCCUCUUCCCCACAACCGAAAAUCCCCCAUCCCUCCCCUUCCCUAAUCCACCCGACACACAUCCUUUGGGCUGAUUGACCUUCCCCCAAACUUCACGUUGCCGGUCCGGUGCCCCGACCCUGGGCCUCACGCUACUUCGGCCUCCCCCACACUCCGCGUAUUCCGUUCUAAGGGGAAUUUUAGUCAAAGCCUGGAGGAACACACACUCACACUGUCACGCACACUCAUUCCCCAACACCCAGUAUCUACUACUACUACUACUACUGACUACUACUCGUACUUCUUCCCGGAACCAACCAACCCUGUCUGUCUGGUGGAUAACUACCAUCGGCUGGCGGCUUUUAUCCCUACCUUGCUGCUUGCUCUCUCUGCUUCUUCCCCCCAAAUCUCUCCAGUCCCCACUCUAACCUGA